AUGACGGUGGAGCUCCGCAAGUCGCAGAGAUGCGUCGCUCUGGAGCAAUUUCCGCCCCUCCAGAUCACUAACAGGAACAUUCCGGAGUACCAUCGUGUUUUCACUCAGUCUUAUUGGUAUGCGUUUACCGUUUGGUCGGUUCUUCAGCUAGAUACCCAGGCUUUGAUACCUGUCAGCACCGUCCCAGAGACGAUCAAAACGCGGUGGGAAGCAGAAAUGGUUACGACUGAUCAGGAGUGGGCUAGUUUGCAGGAGGCAUCAAAACAGGAAUCAGCUCGGGUGCAGAUGCAGAUAGCAUCUCACGGAGCGCGGGCGGCAACCCGCGACGUCUCCGCCUUUAUCGUUCCAAAAUUACGAACGACGGCAACUAGGUCCAUUCAUGUUUCUGCGUACCCAAGCUUGUCACCCGCCGGCACUUCAUUCACUGGAAAUGCUGCGCGGAGGGUGCUAUCCACGGCCAGACAAAUUGCAUCCCGAUUCUAUGCCCAUCUCACUGCACCUGGACUAGGUGUUCGCCGGGCAUCGUCAGUUGCUCGGUCUGUCCAUGGAGGAGGACUUCCGGGGCGCAUUCCAUCCAUACAGCAGCGCAUGUCGCACUCAGUUCGAUACAGUCUAGCUAGACCUCUGCAACAACAUUUCAUUCCCCGCGGCCCUAUCAUUCCUCGGACCGUAACCCAAGUCGGUCUUGGGACAGCAAGGAACUUUUCCUCAGGCCGUGUUCUCUUUGAUAAUUUUGCACAAAACGUACCUGUAACAGGCCGUGCGUUUUGCGAGGUCGAUUGGGAGAUUAAAAUGAGGAAGGAAAGGGAGGCAAUGAAGAAGUCCAUCAAGCACGACAAGAAGAAAGCUGGUGGCAAGCUCUCCUUGAAGGCAAAGGAGAACAAGAUUGUUCUGCCUUCUACUCCUGUUUCAGAGCCUACUGUUGAUGCCGAGAUUGAGCACUACUUCCCCGCUCUUCCAAGCAAUGGAGUUACAACUUCUCUUCUCAUCCCCCUCGCACCUACCCCUACUGAGCGUAUCCCUCUUCCUCCAGAUACGUCCCCUCACCAGUCCCUCCUUCCUUUACCGAAGCUUGCAUCUAUCCAUGCCUCUCACGAACUGCAUUCACUGCGAGUGUCAACUCUAUUCACCCGACUCGACGCGGCCAAUGUCUGGGAGCGGGGCGUACAAUGCUCUGCAUACGCUACCCGCGCCGAUGCCAAUGGUGUCUGCACCAUUCUCAAAGUCGAGUUUGUUGGUUGGACUAAAGCUGAAGUGAGGAGCAUCAUCGGGGAAAGUGGAAGCGGGUGGUGCGCGCUAGAAGAACUGCGAACCAUACCAGAGGAAGACGAUGAUGAUGCGCUCUCUGAUACCUCUUCUAUUCUUUCUGGCAUGUCAGGAGAGUGUGAGGAUCAUAUGGAGAAACCUCCUCAUUUUGAGGAGCCAACCGGAUCGUUCAUCCUUCCGACCCUUGACUUCUCUUCCCCAAGUCGACCGCCCUCCGACUUUGAUAUGUUUUCUGACGCCGAUUCUGACAUCGAUAUGGAGUCCUUAUCCGAUGUGUCAUCUGUCUGUGUUGAUCCUCCCUCCACCAACGGAUGGUAUCUUUUCAGCUCGGAUUUCUCUCGGCGGGCAAGUGAUCAUGGACGGCUAUCCACGUAG